GCUCUUCCUUAAGGUGCCCCCUUGACGUCACCGGAAGUUACAAAAAACUCGGCGAAAGUUUUGCAGCAGCGAUGCACGCGCACAUCCAACGCGUCCUUCACUGGCGCAGCCUUGGACGGCAAGUGUGGAAUGUUCGUGCAGGACGACAACAUGGCGAGACAGGCCAGGCUGCAGCGAGACGAGGCUACGUGGACGAUGCACGCCAGGCGGAGUACGACCGAGCCUUCGCCUCCGCCCGGGACCAGCCCGCUCGGUAUUGGGCCGAAGCUGGCCAGGAUAUCAGCUGGUUCGAACAGUGGAGCAAAACGUUGCAUGUGGAGGACCCCGUGUUCCCAAAGUGGUUUGUGGGUGGCAAGCUGAACAUGUGCUACAACGCCGUGGAUCGCCACGUCGAAGGAGGCCGCGGAGCGCAGGCGGCCAUCGUUUACGACAGCCCGGUGACGGGAACCAAACGGAUCAUCAAUUACAGGGAACUCGGGGAGCAGGUGUCGCGGCUAGCCGGCGUCCUGGCGAAGAACGAUGUCCGUAAAGGCGACCUGGUGGUCAUCUACAUGCCCAUGGUGCCCCAGGCUAUGUAUGCCAUGUUGGCGUGCGCCCGCAUCGGCGCCCCCCACAGCCUCAUCUUUGGCGGCUUCGCAUCCAAAGAGCUUUCCCUGCGCAUCGAUCACGCCAAGCCGAAAAUGAUCAUCACCGCCUCGUUCGGCCUGGAGCCGGGCCGCCGCGUGGCCUACGUCCCUCUGGUGGAGAAAGCGUUGGAGCUUAGCGCUCACAGGCCCUUCAAAGUGCUCAUCUACUGCAGAGACAACAUGACGCGUUUGUCCUCACAGGAGAGAGUGUCCAUGAGUGGGGGCUCGGCUCUGGACUGGGACGAGGAGAUGGCCGCCGCUCAGCCUCACGACUGCGUUCCCGUGGCCUCCAACCAUCCUCUCUACAUCCUCUACACAUCUGGCACCACCGGAACGCCAAAGUUUCUUGCUGCACCGCAGGGGGUGGUGAGGGACACCGGGGGGUGUGCUGUGAUGCUCAAGUGGACCAUGUCCAAUAUUUACGGACUCAGGCCUGGAGAGGUUUGGUGGGCAGCUUCAGACCUGGGCUGGGUGGUGGGCCACUCAUACAUCUGCUACGCGCCUCUUCUCCACGGGAACACCACCAUCCUCUAUGAGGGCAAGCCUGUUGGGACUCCGGACCCCGGCGCCUUCUUCCGCGUACUGUCUGAACACCAAGCGGCCGGCAUGUUCACCGCGCCCACCGCCAUCCGAGCCAUUCGCCAGCAGGACCCUCAGGCCGAGAGCGCGGCCACUUACCCCCUGCCCAAGCUGAGGUCCAUAUUCCUGGCAGGAGAGCGCUGUGACGUGGAGACGCUGGAGUGGGCCAAGAGGAGUUUCAGGGCUCCCGUACUGGAUCACUGGUGGCAGACUGAGACGGGUUCUCCCAUCACGUCCACGUGCGUCGGCCUGGGCAACUCUCUGACGCCACCUGCAGGCCAGGCAGGCAAACCUGUCCCAGGAUAUGAUGUGUCAGUCAUUGAUGAGCACAUGCGACACGUGAAGCCGGGAACUCUGGGAAAUAUUGUAGUCAGAUUACCUUUGCCCCCCGGUGCUGCCUCCUCCUUGUGGAAGAACUCUGAGCUUUUCAAGGAGAUCUACUUCAGCAAAUUCCCGGGCUUCUACGACACCAUGGACGCCGGUUAUGUUGACGACGAGGGUUUCCUGUACAUCAUGUCCAGGUCUGAUGAUGUCAUCAACGUGGCCGGCCACAGGUUGUCCGCCGGAGCCUUAGAGGAGUCGGUGUUGCAGCACCCGGCAGUGGCCGACUGCGCCGUGGUGGGCCUGGAGGACACGCUGAAGGGACACGUCCCCCUGGCCUUGUGUGUGCUGAAAAACGGUGAGGAAGCAGCAAGACGGCCCACAAGGCAGCAGAACCGACUCAUCGCGUCUCAUUCCGGUCCUGCAGGAGUGAGGCAGGGUCGGGAGGAGAUCGCAAAGGAGAUGGUCCAGCUGGUGAGGGACAGCGUUGGCCCCGUGGCCGCCUUCAGGAACGUGCUGUUUGUCCACGGGCUUCCCAAGACACGUUCCGGAAAGAUCCCACGCUCCUCGCUGGCCAACCUGGUCAAUGGCAAGCCGUAUAAGAUCACGCCCACCAUCGAGGACCCUGAUGUGUUCAAGGACGUUGAGAUGCUGGUGGAGAAAACUCUAAGGCCCCACGUCGCCUGAACGCAGCAGCAAGUGGCUUCAGCAUGUUAGCGUGUUGAUGACGUACAUGUGUAUUAUUGGAUAAAACUGCGGAAGUGUAGGUGUUUACAUUAUUUUUCUACAGGGUCAGGCAAAAUGAUCUGACACAUUUGUAGGUGAAAUAAAAGGCAAAUAAAGUAAAGAAACACAAAGGUGUUUUUAUUUUGGAAAAGCAUAUAUAAUGCCAUUCUGUUUCAUUAUGUUUUAAAAUGAAAUCAGUCAAAUGGGAUCCACUAUUGUCCACACACUCAAUGCAGAUCCAGUAGCUGUGAAGUUAACCAUAACAAGAUGGUGUUUGGAGCUGCUACGGGGAUCAUGUCUACCAAGAUUGAACGCUCGUUGUGUUGCAGUUACAGAUUCGCUGGAUUUGAUCGUUUCCAUAAUGAAAGCGAUGCUCACCAGUCCAAUUCAUGGCAGCAACUGAAAAAGAAACCAAAAACAAUGGCAUUACAAAGAAACAAAGCAAAAUGGCAUUAUAUGUACUUUUUGAAAAUAAAAACACGUUUUUGUUUCUUUACUUUAUUUGCUUUUUAUUUAACCUACAAAUGUGUCAGAUCAUUUUUCCUGACCCUGUAUGAUGACUUUUUAAUCAAGCUUUGGUUGAAAUAAUGAAAAGUCCACACACUCUGUCGUUUUUCUUUUUAAUUUCUUUUGCUCACCACGACGUACGUACAAGAAGUCAUAAAUAAAUAAAAAAGAUA